CUACCUUAAGUUUGCACGAAAGACUGGCUCUAAGCAGUUCCACCUGCUCACUGAAGCUGCACGCCCGUGCAUGCAUUUGGAAGUGUUAAAUAGGGUUGUGUUCGCUCAGUUGUGUGGCCACCAUGGCUGGUCUUAGACAUUGAAGGUUGUGUACAUGAACACAUAUUUUGGACCGGAACUUGUUGCAAAAUUUGUAGGUGUGUCAAAAAUAUGUGGAAGGCUGUUCCCUUUUAUAUUGUUACCAAUGGUAGAUAUGUCAUGUGCUAAUAAUGUUAACAUGCAUCCCUUUUUCUGAGUGCUGUACUGUGCUGGAAAUGUUUGCUAAAUAUCAUGUCUAGCUGAAGUGUAAAAAAAAUGGUAUAUCCAUUAAGGCUCGGCGAUUGUAUAAGUGGUUAUAAAAAGGGAGCUGGUUGAUAUUUGGACAAUCCUUUUCAGUUUUAGGUAGUUAUUGGCUUUGUUAACAUUUUUUUUUGUUUUGCUACUUCUGAAAAAAACAACUUGCUCAAAAAUUUAAAUAUAAGCCCUGUAAAUACUUUUUCUAUGUAUAAAAGUUUCUUCUAAAUGUUAAAUAGUUAAAGUCCCAUAUAUUUUCAUGGUCCUUUGUACAGGACAUCAGGCAUGUGCUUUGCUCAUGUAUGCCACAUUCUGUGAAAGUGAAAUGGUGCUUCAUAGUAUUUGUGAAGGCAACUUUCUUGAAGUGUAAACUGAAGGCAUAAUUGCAUAUUGACCUUCAGAAUCUCCUGAAUUCUCAUCUUUUAGGAAUAUUCUAUGAAAAGCUGCCUCCUCUUUAUUUUUCUUGCCGUAAUUAAUAAUGUGCAUAGACCAGAUGAUCAUACAUACUGUACUCCUUUUGAUCUCAUUUAAACCUCUGUGCUGUUGGGUUUUUGUUAAAUAACAGUCUAUAAAUUUGUUGUAUGGCCAGCCGGAUGCAGCUCUGAGGUUCCGCGGGUGGCCAAAGUGUGGCGCCACAAGAAGCUUUCGUACGUCUAUUCAUAAGUCUUCGUAGAUCCAUUCAUUCGUUCCAACCCAGACGUGGUUCUCAGUCUCACCGCUGCAGUUUUGAGCGUCGUGUUGGAUAAGUUAUCUUCACCACCAUAUAAUAUCGGCCUGCGCACUUUCAGCCAAUCAUGGGCGUUCAGGGAGAGAUCCGUUAUUGACCGUUAUUUUUGUUUGAUCUUCCGGAGCGCAUGUGGGCGAGCGGUGUGCGACGUGCGCGAAACCGAAACGCUCGAGCGCAACCGAGACCUUUGGCGGUGCGCGUCUGCGUGUUAGAUGUUUCUUUCAACCAGUUCGGCGGGAUGGCUGCUGUGUAUGGACACUACUGUGCAGCAAAGUGGUGCCGGAACACGACGAAAAGCGCUGACUGCAGUUUUUUCCGUUUUGCAACGGACGACAGGUGAGACUAGAAACUUCGUACACGCGAUACUGAAAGAGGUGAAAGCGUUAACUUAUGCGCGCUACUUUUCUUCUUUUCUAUUUUCUUUUUCAAAUAGAGCCAGUAAAUGGAUAUACUACUCAAAUCGCCCAGAAUUCAAGUUGUUGCCUCUGAGCAAACUCCGCGAGCGUUGUCUCUGCGGCGAACAUUUCGCCGCUUCUGCCUUCAGAAGUUCAAGGAGGACACGACUCCAAGAUAAUGUGUGCCCAUCUGUCCUAGUGACAAAGCCAUUAUUGAAGACCCUCAUCUCUCCAGAGUUCCUCGCUCCUGGCAUUCGCCUAACUGGUGCGUCCACCGCCUCCACUUUAGAUCCACCUGCAGCCCCAGUUGAGCCAGGACCAUCACACAGCAAAGACCAAGGGCUGGAAGAUCCCACCACAUGUGUUCCUGAUCAGGCUCUGACUGACUCUUAUGCACAGGAAGAGCUCCGGCCCCUGCCUGAUGUUCCUGCACAAUCAUCAACGCAAUCUUUCCACGCAGGUGCAGCUGCAGUCCCAGGUGAUACGUGGACAUUCCACGAAGAAACCAAGGAAAAGGAACCAGCCAAAUAUGUUUGUGUGCAAACUACAGAAAACUCUACUGCACAAGAAAAGCCACUACUGCAAGCUGAUGUUCCUGCGGAGCCCACACCAGACCUCAAUCACCCACAACAAGAACAGCAAACUCAACCUGCUCCCCACCAACAAGCUGACACGGAAGGCGUGGCCUCAAGUACGGCUCCAGCUGCCACAGUACACCCCAACGUGCCCCGUCAUGAGCGAUGGCGUCUACCCCACGACUGGAUGGACGAGCAACUUGGCUCGGCUGCCGCGAAUCUCGUCUCUGGACCUUGCCCGCCUGGCGUCCUGCUCGGGAACCGAGAAGGGAGCUCGCCGGAGCUACAAGUUGGUUACGGAGAGCCACGUCGUGGCGUCGACGGUGUGCGCCAACUACGACGAAGAAAUGGCCUCCAGAUUCUUCUUGAGAGCCAGAUGCUUCAGGAGCCACAAGAAAACACAGCCACCCUACACCGUGAGCGCCACCAUCACCAAGGACGGUGAACUUGUUAACGGAUAUUGCGAGUGCCCAGCUGGGAAGCAAGCCUGGAGCCACCUCCAGGCCGUCCUGAAGACGGUAAUUUUGAUCCAAGGC